AUGGAAAUUCUCACUGUAGUUGUGCCGGAUUUAAUCCGCUACUCGAAGGAUUACUUCAUGGACAACUCCUUAUUCCAACAAAUCGAACAUAUUCGUAAAGGUACUCUACCAGCAGCUGUCGGUCUUCAUCCGAUUCGAACAAUGGUUGAUGGCAGCGAUUAUUGUGCCACAGCCAUUCCGGUGCCGAUGGUGACACAAAAGAAAUGUGACUUGGUUAUGCAUGAAUGCGAAAAAGUCUCACUCAAUUCAGCUUAUUUAUCUGAGAUUCUAGGAGAAGAUACUGUUCUGACACUCGGACAAAAUAAGGAUAAAACGAUCACUUUCCUUCUUGCUGAUCGUAACCCGGAAAAGGUUUGUCAUACUCUGGAGAUAGCAAAGGUCAUGGCCUCGAUGGUCCAGCUGACCACUAAUCUAAAGCUGCGCGAAUUGAAGGAGAUCGAUCAAAUUCGUCUUCCAGUCGAGCUUGCUGGAAGUUUCCUGCUCAUGGUCAAGUGUGAGGAAAAUGGAAAACGGUCAUUGGAGCUCUACGACGAGAACAUGACUCAGGUCGGAUUUGUGAACGGAUUCGUUUGGAGAGAGAUUGUGGUCUGA